UUUAAAUAAGGGAAUUUGAAAAGGGGAAGCAAAGUUGACGGCAAAAAGAAAAAGUUUAAAAGUUAAAAAGGAAAGAGGAGAAAAAACUUUAAAAAGAAAAAUUUCAGGAGGGAGUAAAUUUGUUGGUUUUUUUCAAGAGGGAAAAAAAAAUUUGAGCCAGGAAAAAAAAAAAAAAAAAGGAUAAUAAUUGCGAAGGGCUUGAUCCGGGCGGCGGAGAACAAUACUCGCCGGGAAAGUUGCUGCGCGGCUCGGGAGGGAGCGGCGGGAGGAAAAUGCCGCAGCUGGGCAGCGGCGGCGGGGACGACCUGGGGGCCACCGACGAGAUGCUGGCCUUCAAGGACGAGGGCGAGCAGGAGGAGAAGAUCCCGGAGAACGCCUUCACUGAGCGGGACCUGGCCGACCUCAAGUCCUCGCUGGUGAACGAGUCGGAGGGCAGCGGGAGCCCGGCCGCCGCCGCCGCCGCCGACCCCGAGGCCAUCAGGCGUGUGCAGGAUCCGCAGAGGGUUUAUCAGGACAAGCUCCCGGACCACAUGGAUGAUGGUAUGAAGCAUCAGGAUCCAGGGAUGUAUAAAGGAUCUGCGUAUUCUGGCUACCCCUUCCUCAUGCUGUCAGACCCGUAUCUGCCCAAUGGAUCCAUGUCACCUCUGUCCAACAAAGUUCCCGUCGUGCAGCCGUCCCACGGAGUCCACCCGCUCACCCCGCUCAUCCCUUACAGCAACGACCAUUUCAGCCACGGCUCCCACUCGCCCCACUUGCCCGCUGACAUCAACCAGAAACAAGGAGUGCACCGUCCUUCCCAGACCUCAGACAUCCCCGGUUUCUACCCCCUCCCUCCCGGUGGAGUCGGACAGAUCACGCCGUCGAUGGGAUGGUUCACUCACCCGCUGAUGCUGGGCUCUGGCAUGCACACCACCGGCAUCCCGCACCCCGCCAUCGUGCCCCACUCCGGCAAGCAAGAGAUGGAGCACUAUGACCGAAACAUGAAACCUCAACCAGAACCAAAGAGAGAGAAGGAAGCCAAGAAGCCUACUAUCAAGAAGCCCCUGAAUGCUUUCAUGUUGUAUAUGAAAGAAAUGCGGGCGAAAGUCAUUGCCGAAUGCACCCUGAAGGAGAGCGCCGCCAUCAACCAGAUCUUGGGAAGGAGGUGGCACGCGCUGUCCCGGGAGGAGCAGGCCAAGUACUACGAACUGGCUCGCAAGGAACGGCAGCUCCACAUGCAGCUCUACCCCGGCUGGUCUGCCAGAGACAACUACGGGAAAAAGAAGAGACGGACACGGGAAAAGCAGCAAGAUUCCAACUCAGAUCCUGCCUCUCCUAAGAAAUGCAGAGCUCGCUUUGGCCUCAACCAACAAACGGACUGGUGCGGCCCGUGCAGGAGGAAAAAGAAGUGCAUUCGGUACUUACAAGGAGAAGGACGCUGUGCCAGCCCAGUUUCUUCCGAUGGAAGUGCUAUAGACUCCCCUCCCUCUCCUCCGGACGCACUCCAAUGCAUCUCCUCUGCUUUUCCUUCAGACAAGCUCGCAGCCCCCGCCGACUCCGCACACAGAGAACAGCCCGACCCCUUCCCCGUCUCCGCUCACCUCCACACCGCCUCCGGCUCCUCCAGACCCAUCACCAGGUGCUCCUCUGCGCCCGCAGAGUCCCCGGCGUACAGCGCGGCCUCGGCGGGGACAUAGUCCCACGCACGCAGCCGCCUUGGCCGGGACACUGGGCACUUGGCGCUCUCCCACCUGAUUUCGCUGGAAAGGACCAUCCCAAUUCCCCAUCUCGCUGUAGAACGUGCAAAGUUAGGCAACAAGGAUGCUGGAAAACUCAUUUGGUGUUUCUUCUGGGGGGGGGCGGGGGGUGGCGUUAAGGAUAGAAAAGCAAUUUCAAAAAAAAAAAAAAAAAAGGUAAAAAAUAAGUACUUGCCAAAAUUUAAAGUGCUGAUGAGUAAACAAGCCUUUUGUCCCUGCCCUGUGCUGCUUUAUUUUUUGUUUGUUUGGGGGUUUUCCUGUUGUUUUGGUGUUGUUUUUUUUUUUUAACUGCAUUACCUUCCAGUACAGCAGAAAGCCCCCGGCUUGCUGCAGUAGACGUAGGUGCUGUCAGCCCGACCCUGCCUUCCCCCCCCCCCGCCCUCCCAGCUGCUUCAACACCCCCUCACGCCUCUCUCCUGCCCCUCAGACCACCGAGCUGGAAAAGCUGGAAUAAGAGCAUUUUUUUUAAAAAGCCCUUCUGUCUGAAAACGCAAUGUAGCGAUGCUGGCUUUCUCAUCCCACCAGCUGACAGAGAAAUGAAAUAUUUAAACCGACAAGGUGAACUUUUUUUCCAACUUCUUGUUUGAGAACAGGAAGAGAACUGUUUACAGGUGCAGGGGCUCUGUGCGGCCGUGUCCCGUCCCGCCGGCGCGCGGAGGAGAAGGGAGCACACACUGGCCCCGCAGAGGAGCCGGCACCGGCCGCUGCAGGUCCCGUUGCCGGGUGCAGGGUCUCCCUCGCCGUUAGGAAUUGUGGAGGGUCAGAAACGUCCCCAGCGGGCAGAGGACCGCGCUGGCCCGGCCGCAGAAGGGCACACUACCCCGCUCUCCGCCUCUGGCCUCCAUCGUACCCACCCUCGGCAAGAUCUGAACCUUUUUUUUUUUCUCUCCAUAAUUUGGUGUAUAACCUUUUAAAAAAACCUUACUCUAGCUUUUUCUAAAAGAUCCCUCCGCUCCCGAGAUGAUGCCAAAUGUGUUCUCUCCAGCUUGAAAACGUUUACCGGUUUCUGGUGGUUUAUUUAUAUUUUGAGCUCAAUAAACAAAAAACACUGUGGGCAGAUCCUGAUCUCCCAGAACCGAUGUAAAUCCCAAAUUAAUCCAAGUUCGUGAUUUACUUCAGGUUUACCGACUUCUCAGAGACCACAAUUUAGUCCACUGCAGAUUUUUUCCUGCUUGAAAGAAAUCUGUUGUAGACUGCUGAAGAGAAAAAUAACACCACACAGAGGGAGAGGGGGGGGGUCCUAUUUUUUUCUACUUUACAGAAUAGGUUUUAGAGUACCGAAGACCAAUCAUGUAGUAAUAUUAUUGUAGAACCGCAAGAAAUUUAAGAUGACCUUUAUAAUGUACAAAAUAUUUUUAUAUUUUUUUUCUUAACGCAAAACCACAAACCCUAAUUUUUUACAUCGGGCUAAACAUAACUUUUUAAAGAAGUUUAUGCCUCAAAGAUUGAAAAUUUAAAAAAAAAAAAACAAAUCUGAUUAGUCUGUAGAGCAGCUUUGGGUUUAUUCCUUUUUAUUUAGGUACUUUUGCUUAUAGUAGUGUAGAUUUUUUUAAUUCCAGUCUUAGUUUAGAAGAUCUAAACCUAUUGCUUUAUUCCUCUCCUGUGUAAAUGCAACUUCAGAAGCACUGAAUGAAAGCUACGUGCACAAACCUGGAAAGUUUGAAAAAAAAAAAAAAAAAAAAAAAAAAAGAGUCAUUUUCAAGUUCGACAGAAACAUUUUAACCCUUAGAGAAGCAGCAUUACCUGAACCGACUGCCAGCUGGACACUCGGUCGUGUGCGUACUGCGCUCGGAGGGUUAACGACCCAGCGCUAGAUCAAUCCCCGAUCCGCCGGGGUUUGCAUUAUCUCAGCAGGCUUAGACAAGAGCAUGCUCCAGUGCCGCGCAGAGGAACCCAGCAGGCUCUUCCCAGAUCUGAUAUAACCUCUCUUUAUCACUUGACUUAAAAAAAAAAAAACCAAACAAACAAAAAAAUUGCUUAAAAAAACCCAAAAUUAGCUGUGUCUCAGCUCAGCGUUCACCCCUGUGAGAGCCUCUGCUGUAAGGUGCCGCCGAGGUGUCAGCUGCCCCGAACGCCCCAGGUGACAAACUGGCCACAGUGGCCUCGCGUAACUCAAGGCUGGGUGUAAAGCUGGCGUAAUUUAAUACCCGAUCGGUAUCUCGGGGUUGGAUGAAACGUGUUGACUUCGCAGCAGAGCAAAGGCAGGUAUAAAUGAAAAAGCAGAUGUGCCUAAGUAACACCAGAGGAAAUUCAGGGGAGAGUCCUGAGCAGCACCAAACGGCGCAUCCCGACCUG